CAACAGUUUAAACCAAUCACAUGAGCGCCUGCAGGGAUCUUAAAACUUCACUUCACAGACUAAAGGCGAUCAUGGCGGCGAAGAAGCAGGUGAUCAUCGACACGGACUGCGGGAUCGACGACGCUCAGGCCAUCAUGAUGGCGUUGGCAGCUCCGAACAUCGAGAUCGUGGGAGUGACCUGCGUGUUCGGGAACGCGGCCAUUGAGCACGUGUGUCAGAACGUUUUGAGGGUGCUCGCCGUCUGCGAGCGCGAGGGGAUUCCUGUGUUUCGAGGUUCUGGUGUUCCUCUGGUUGGAGCCAGGAACCCGGUGAGCGACCACUUUGGAACUGAUGGACUCGGGGACGUGCUUAAAGACAAAGACCCUCAGUGGGAGGAGAAGAUCCAGAGCGAGCACGCAGUCAAUGCGCUGAUCAGGCUGGUGACGGCCAACAGGAAGCAGGUCUCCCUGGUGGCCCUGGGCCCGCUCACUAAUCUGGCCUUGGCCGUCAGACUGGAUCCAAGUUUCCCCCAAAAGCUCAAAGAUCUGUACAUCAUGGGGGGCAACAUGGAAGGAAAAGGAAAUGUGACACUUUGUGCAGAGUUUAACUUUGCAAUGGAUCCAGAGUCGGCCUAUAUUGUUCUAGAAGAGUUCCUCUGCCCCACGUACCUGGCAACGUGGGAGUACUCGUGCAGAAAUGCUCUGACAUGGGAGUUCUUCGAGCAGCUGAUCCAGCAGGAUGCUCCGGCUGCAGCCUUCAUGAAGGUGAUAACCUCUAAAUGUCGAGCUUACUGCAGAGAGACGACGAGCAACAAGAGAUACGUGUACUUCGGAUCCGGCUACGUCUCGUACGACGCCUACGCGAUGGCCGCCUGCAUCGACGGCAGUGUGGUGACGGAGAGCAUCACGUGUCCGGUCCGCGUGGAGCUGCAGGGCUCCAUGUGUCGCGGCAUGAUGGCUCUGGAUCAAACCAACGAGCUGAAGAAGAGCCACAGCGUGUUCGUGCUCACCAAGUGCGACGUGGAGAAGUUCAGUCAGCUGCUGCUGCAGUCUCUGAGGCAGCCUAAGAAGUAAUGUGUAUAUUAAAUGACCCCCCUUCCUCGGGUCAUCCACAUUUAAAUUAAACGUUUAAAAAAUAAUAAAAAGAAUCACAAAACACUAAGAAAACCAUCAUUUGUGCCCAAUAUAGGCUCAUAACUAUUACUAUAACUAUUCAUUCAUAAACACGAAAUCUACAUUUCAUUUUGUGCUUCAAAGGUCACAUGAAAAUCUCAAACCAAAUGUAGUUUUAGUUUUUAGUUUAAAACAUGAGCCAGAGAGCGUUCAUUCAUUUAUUAAUGAAAACAUUCUGGGUCCAGAAGUGUUCGAGACCUUCAAAAUAAAACGCGAACCAUUUGUUGUGUUGUUGGUGGACAGUGGCUGUUUCGAAGUCUUGCUCCAAUAAGAACUUGAACCGGUCACAUUUAACUUUUCUGUUUCUUAACUUCUGCAUGUAUUUAUCGUUAUUCCUUGUAAAUGUAAAUCUACAAUAAAAUAAAAACAUUUUCUGA